AUGCAAUUAAUAAUUUUUGCAAUUCUGGAAGUCUUGUUUGUUUUCUUGGUGUUUUCAAAAUCAAAAAACAUUUCGUAAAAAAUAUUUUGACGUGUACAAUUCUCAUCCACGUUUAAGAUCAAUGAAACAAAUCAGACAUCAUUUUGAAAAACGUUUGAUUUUCUUAUCUCCACAUUUCCAAAUAUUGUGUAAUCGAGGAAACACAUUUAAAAAAGCGUUUGUUCUUUGGCUUUCAUCAUUUUUUUUUUCUGCACUCAUGUUGUAUUUUUCUCUAUUUAUUUUUCUUUUUUUCUUUUGCUUCCUCAUUCAAUAUUCUAGUUUAUUCACCCAGUUAUGCAGUUAGUCACAGUAAAUAUUUGGGAAAAUUAGCUGAUACGCUAACUGAAUCAGGAAAUAAUGUUGUGAGUUUUUAUUUUUGAAACAGUGUUUUUUUAAAUCUUUUUAUAUGUUAUUUUCUUCAGACUAUACUAGUCCCUAUAAAUGAUGAAUCGAAAAAGUAUGAUAGUGGUGCUGUUUUAACAAAAAAUGUGAUUUUUGUGAAACAAGAUGAUGAAAUGAAAAAUAAUAUGAACAAACUGGAUAUGGCGGGCGGAAUAAAAUCAUUGUGGUUGAUUGAAAAUAAACCAGAAGAUUAUAUUGAUGCUUACAAUUGGUUUAUUGAAUUGAUGAAAGAAUCUUGUGCAAAUGUAGUCAGAAAUCAACAAAUAUUGGACUUAUUGAAAGAAACCCAUUUUGAUGUUGGAAUAACAGAACCAAUGUCAAUUUGUGGAUUGGGAGUUUUUGAAUAUCUUGGAAUUAACAAAACGAUUCUUGCGACAUCAUCGACACAUUUUGAAGGAGCAGUUAGAAUGUCUGCUGAACCUAUUGAUCUUAGUUUUGUUCCGGCACAUGGAAGUCGAGUCAAAGAUGUUAUGAGUUUUUCCGAAAGAGUUGAGAAUUAUAAAGCAGUUGAAGUUAUGGCUGGAAAUCUUGAUAUCAUUUUCGGAGCGGAAGAAGUUGUUCUUAAAAAUUAUAUAAAUGUGCGAAAAUCAAGUCAAGAAUUAUUAUCAGGAGCUUCAUUGUUUUUCACAAAUUCUAAUCCUUACUUUGAUUAUCCUCGGCCGAUUAUUCAAAAAACUGUUGCAAUUGGAGGAAUAAGUGUUGAUAUGGAUUAUAUCAAAAAUCAAAAAUUAGAUGAUGAAUGGAAUACCAUAUUGAACCAACGAGAUAAAAAUAUGCUUAUUUCUUUUGGAUCAAUGGUUGAUUCAUCAGGAAUGCCACAAGAAUGGAGGUGAGUUAGAUUUCUAAACUACAAGUGAAGAAAACUCGAGGAUUAUUUUCAGAAACAAUAUUCUUGAAAAUAUAAAACAAUUUCCGGAUGUAACAUUUAUUUGGAAAUAUGAAAGCGAUGACUUGAAAUGGGCUGAUACAGUUCAAAAUAUACAUUUCUCAAAAUGGGUUCCACAAACAGCUUUGCUUGUCGAUUCAAGAUUAUCUGCAUUUUUGACUCAUGGUGGAUUAGGAAGUACAAAUGAAUUAGCUUAUUGUGGAAAACCAGCUAUUAUGGUCCCAAUUUUCGGAGAUCAAAUGAGAAAUGCAAAUAUGUUAGCUCGAUUGAAUGGUUCAAUUGUUAUCAACAAAUUUGAUCUUUCCAAUUUUGAAGUUGUCAAUAAUGCAUUGAAAAGUAUAUUAUAUGAUGAAAGUUAUUCGAAAAAUGCUCGAAAAUUGGCAGAACUUCUGAAUGAUGCACCAUUUGAUCCAAAGGAACUUGUUAUCAAAAACACCGAAUUUUUGGCCAAGUUAGAAUUUUCAUGAAAAUUUCAAUAAUGAAUACACUUUCAGAUAUGGACCAUUUCCAAGUAUGUCUCCUAGAAUUCAACAUCUCAAUUUUAUCGAACGACAUAUGCUGGAUGUUGAAAUUUACUUAUUCAUAACGAGAAAUAUUGUAUCUUUUGGUAUUAGUUCAUUUAUUUUUGUUUUCCUUGUACGGUUUUUGAGAAAAUAAAGGGUUUUUACGAAUAAAAAAUCGCAUUACACCAUAGUAAAAGUUUCAAACGAAAGAAAAUAUGAAUUUGUUAUAUGUGUUUACCGAAAACUAUCUCUCUAUUUUUCUUCAGAAGCUAAAGUCCUCAUUGAAUUCAACAAUACUUUAUUUUGAUUAUUUUUUGGCUACGUACUAAAAAAGGAAGAUGAAUAUUGUAGAGUGAAUAUAUUCUCGAUCGUUUUGUCUAACAAAAGUACAGUUUUUGAAUUCAUAAUAUAGAUAAGGUACAAUUGACCUUCGAAAAACAUUGUGUGGUUUGUGACUGUUUGUUGUCUGAUCAUAAAUCAAUUACACAAUGUUAUGAAACUGUAACUACAAAUACCAAAUAUUUUUUGUAUCAUAAUAUUUGUAGAUAAAUAUGCUAGUUUUUUUACUUUUUGUUUUCAAUUGUGUAUUUUCAUUUAAUAUUCUUGUUUAUGCUCCUCUUUAUGCUGUUAGUCAUAAUAAAUUUAUGGGUAAAUUAGCGGAUACUUUAACCGAUGCUGGAAACAAUGUGGUGAGUUCAAUUUAUCAAUUUGGCGUUGAGUAUAUUUUUCCACAACUUCAGACGAUACUAGCACCUGUUGGAGAAGAAAAUAUAAGGAAACAUAUUGGAGUUGAAUCGACAAAAAAUAUUUGGAUUGUAGAACAAGAUGAAAUUAUGAAAAGUAAAAUGAAUAAAACAGAAGAUCCAACUGUUAUGAAUGGCUUAUGGUUGGUAGAAAAUAGUCCAGAGGAUUAUGAAACUUGUUAUCAAGGAUUUGCUGAUAUGGUUAGAGAAACUUGUGCUAAUCUUUUAAGAAAUCAAGAAUUUAUUAACAAAUUGAAUAGAUCAAAGUUUGAUGUUGCUAUUCUUGAACCAAUAUCAUUUUGCGGGUUUGGACUAUUUGAUUUAGUUGGAAUUAAAAAUAUAAUCAUUGCUUCUUCUGUUACACAAUACGAAGGAUUUGUCCGAAAUUCAGGAGAACCUGUUGAUACAAGUUAUGUUCCUGGACUUGGAAGCCAUGUUACUGAUUAUAUGAAUUUCAAUCAGCGAUUGGAAAACCAUCUUUCAACUGAUUCAAUGGCGAGAAAUUUAGAACGGAUUUUCGAAUAUGAAAAUAUUUUACUAAAAGAAAAGUUUGGACCUGAUUUUAAAAGUUGGCAGGAUUUAUUACCAACUGCUUCAUUAUAUUUCACAAAUUCUAAUCCUUAUGUUGAUUAUCCUCGACCGAUAAUUCAGAAAAGUAUUGCAAUUGGAGGUAUCAGUGUGAAUAUGGAACAAAUGAAAACACAGAAAUUGACGGAAGAAUGGGAUAAUAUUUUGACAAUGAGAAAGAAAACAGUUCUUAUAUCAUUUGGUUCUAUGAUUCAUUCCGCAAAAAUGCCUGUUGAAUGGAGGUAAAACAAAAAAUAUAUCACACACGUAUAUUACACAUAACUGUGUGCUUUCAGAAACAAUAUUCUUGAAAAUAUAAAACAAUUUCCGGAUGUAACAUUUAUUUGGAAAUAUGAAAGCGAUGAUUUGAAAUGGGCUGAUUCUGUUUAUAACAUACAUUUUUCGAAAUGGGUUCCACAAACAGCUUUGCUUGUCGAUUCAAGAUUAUCUGCAUUUUUGACUCAUGGUGGAUUAGGAAGUACAAAUGAAUUAGCUUAUUGUGGAAAACCAGCUAUUAUGGUCCCAAUUUUCGGAGAUCAAAUGAGAAAUGCAAAUAUGUUAGCUCGAUUGAAUGGUUCAAUUGUUAUCAACAAAUUUGAUCUUUCAAAUUUUGAAGUUGUCAAUAAUGCAUUGAAAAAUAUACUUUAUGAUGAAAGUUAUUCGAAAAAUGCUCGAAAAUUGGCAGAACUUCUGAAUGAUGCACCAUUUGAUCCAAAGGAACUUGUUAUCAAAAACACCGAAUUUUUGGCCAAGUUAGAAUUUUUAUGAAAAUUUCAAUAAUGAAUACACUUUCAGAUAUGGACCAUUUCCAAGUAUGUCUCCUCGAAUUCAACAUCUUAAUUUUAUCGAACGACAUAUGUUGGAUGUUGAAAUUUACUUAUUCAUAACCAGAAAUAUUGUAUCUUUUGGUGUUGGUUUUAUCAUUACUAUUAUUUUCUUUUUAAGGCUUUGGAGAAAAUAA